AUAAUGAACUGAGAAACCAACCUACUAGUAGGUGACAAAAACGUUGUGUUCGGCGAAUCCAGCAAAGCAAUGCGAUGCAACUUGUUUCCUUCAUAGCAAACUGAGUUGUAAUUCACUUUUCGAAUUCCGAUAUCACCUUCGCGUAAAACCGAACCGAAAUGGCAGCAAGUCUUUGGCGCUACGCAACCGGUUCAACCACAAACCCGGUCGACUACUCCGGCGUCGAAUUCUGGUCGAACCCAGAACGAACCGGCUGGUUAACAAAACAAGGCGAAUACAUAAAAACAUGGCGAAGACGUUGGUUCGUUUUGAAACAAGGGAAACUCUUCUGGUUCAAAGAAUCAACAAUCACACGCGCUUCUAUCCCGCGUGGUGUUAUUCCUGUUGCUACUUGUCUCACUGUUAAAGGCGCUGAAGAUAUUCUUCAUAAACCCUACGCAUUUGAACUUUCCACACGCGCUGAUACGAUGUAUUUUAUUGCUGAUUCGGAUAAGGAGAAAGAGGAUUGGAUUAACUCGAUUGGAAGAUCGAUUGUUCUGCAUUCUAGAUCUGUUACUGAUUCGGAAAUUAUUGAUUAUGAUAAUGGUAAAUGAUGAUGUUGAUUGCGUUUCACGCGCCACCGUGUUUAGGUAAUUUAUCUUUUUUUUAGUGUGUUGUGUAUAUUGUUAUGUUAAGUUUUAAUUUGUGUUUGUUCUUGUGAGGAAACUCUGUUUAUGUAAUUGAAUUGUUUGAAUUAUUAGUAUAGUUCGAAUUCUCAAAUUGUAAACUAUUGCUUUUAUGUUGAUUUUAGUUU